AAUCAGUUAAACGUAGCUCAAGAAUUGAUGACAAACUCACGAACUAAUUAUUUAGCUGAAAAAUCUGUCUGAAUCAGAUUUUUUCCAUAAAUCACCAGGGGUACAAUCGACCUCCAUCCACGCACGUGGUCCAUCGUAAUCACCGACGUAAGAGUUCCUUCAGAGCGCGGUUUAUUUUAAAACAUCGAUUAUCAUAUAUCCACCGUAUUAUAGUUCAAGAAGCGGCAGUGUAUUCACACGCAGUUGUUCAUCGGUUGUUGUAGUGGUUGUGGUAGUUUUUCAGUAUUGUUGAUAAGGAUAUCCAAAUCACGAAAUGGGAAAACGCAAGCUGAUCCAGAUCGGAGACACCAUGACGACCAAAGACAGAAUUAUCCUGUGCGCGGGUGAAGUGGCUGGUACGGCUGUCCUCGUGUUCAUCGGAUGCUUGGGGUGCGUCAAAGGUGUGACCCCAGGGGGCGUCAUCCCCCACGAGCAGAUCUCCUUCUCCUUCGGUCUGGCUGUUAUGAUGUCUGUCCAGAUAUUUGGACACAUAUCAGGGGCUCACAUAAACCCCAUGGUGACUACAGCAGCAGCAACUCUUGGACACAUUCCCUUAAUUCAAGUCCCUAUAUUUUUUGUAGGGCAGAUAUUGGGAUCGGUUCUUGGAUAUGGAUUAGUUCAGGCAGCGACUCCCUCUCACUACCUAGGCAACGUCUACAGAAACGUCUCCGGCGAGCUAGUCAAGACCGGCCUCGGCGUCUGCUCGCCCUCCCUGAGUCCACUCAUCACUCCCGGCCAGGGCCUGCUCGUCGAAUUCGUGCUGUCCGCCAUCUUGGCGCUGGUGUGCUGCGGCGUGUGGGACUCCCGCAACGCCGACAAGCACGACUCCGUGGCCAUCAAGUUCGGACUGUCUGUAGCAGUGCUGGCUAUGUCUGGGGGUCCUUAUACUGGUGCCAACAUGAAUCCAGCUAGAAGUUUCGGACCAGCCUUGUUGAAUGGCGACUGGGACAAUCAUUGGAUUUACUGGGUCGGACCGAUAGCAGCAGGUUUGUUUGCCGGUCUGAUAUACCGAUUAGUGUUCACCAAGGAUGAGGAACCGUCUUCUAAGGAAACUCUACCUGAAUGCGUUGCGCUGAACUCAAAGCCAUAAGACAUUAAAAACAUUUUUUGUUUCGAAUAAAUUGUAUCAAUCUAUUUUGUUUUGUUUUUGAAAAUAUUUUUGAAUAAAAUAUUGUAUUUUGUUAUGAAU